CCGGCCUGAUACCAGGCCUGCUGCUCCAGUGGCUGGGCCUGUCUACUACAGUGAACUUGGAGACUUUGGACCAUGUGCUGCUCCGGGGAAAGCUGACAGACCGAUGAGAUAAAUCUCACUUAGACAUGACCAACAACAAACCCAAAGCAGAAGGCCGGAGCGAUGAAGCUGAGGGCCCGGAUGGAGGCUGGGGCUGGGUGCUGGUUGGCGCCCUGUUCGUCAGCACAAGCCUUGUGUUUGGCCUGAUGCGUAGCUUGGGGGUCUUCUUUGUGGAGUUUGUCCAGUACUUUGAGGAGAGCGCUCAGGCCAUCUCCUGGAUCUCAUCCACGGGCCUGGCAGCACAGCAGUUUUUCAGUCCGCUGGGUGCAGCACUAUGUAAUGCAUAUGAUGCCCGGGUAGUGGUGAUGACAGGGGGCAUUCUCGCUGGACUCGGCCUCAUACUUGCCUCGCAAGCCACCUGUCUUGUUCACCUCUACCUCACAAUGGGUCUUAUUUCUGGUUUGGGCUGGGGGCUGAUCUUUACUCCCAUGGUAGCUACAGUCAUGGCUAACUUCACUCGCCGGCGCACCCUGGUGUUGGGACUGGCGUUCUCCAGCAUCGGCCUGUCCUCCUUCGCAUUCAACCCGCUCUUCCAGAUGCUGGUGGAGAUGUACGCCUGGCGAGGGGCCCUUCUGAUUCUGGGGGGUCUCAGCCUGAACAUUGUACCCUGCGGGGCUCUCAUCCUCCCUCAGCGGCACUCGAAAGUCCCAGCAAAGGUGGAUUCAGAGAGCAGGUCAUCGCAUGCUUCAUUGCUAAAUCGAAUCUCCUCCCACCUGGAGCUGUCGCUGCUCCUCGAGAGGCCUUAUAUCACCUACACGUUGGCCGUCACUCUUCUUAACGUUGGCUACUUUGUGCCGUAUUUCCACCUUGUGGCCCACAGCCGCCAAGCUGGCUUCUCAGAGUACCAAGCUGCUUUUGUCAUGUCAGCUGCCGGUGCAACAGACAUUUUGGGCCGCAUAGCGUCAGGAUGGUUCUCAGAUCUACGUCACUUUCGGCUAAUUCAUUUACUGACCAUGUGGACAACGCUGGCAGGAGUGUUCAUCAUGUUGCUGCCUGUAAGCUCCUUGUCUGGUUCCUACAUUGCACUGAUUGGGACCAGCCUCCUCUACGGCUUCUCCUCCGGGGCGUUGACAUCUCUGGUCUUUGCGGUGGUGCCCAUGAUUGUGGGUGUGGAGCGCAUGAUGGGGGGCCUUGGGCUGCUGCAGCUCAUCGAGAGCGGCGCAGGACUGCUUGGGACACCUAUGUCAGGGUUGCUCAAGGAUAUCACAGGCAACUACAUUGCUUCCUUCAUGGUAGCAGGCAGUUUCGUCAUUCUCGGUACUUUGACCAUGGCCACCCUGCCUCACUACUUUUCCUGCACAGACCCAAUGCCCCCUCAAAGACGUUCACUUGAUGACAAAGAUGAGGGUUUACAUUCAGAGUUGAAACUGUUGAAUGGUGUGUCUUCUGACAAGAAUCACAAAGGCGUUAAUGUUCUGACAGAUGAAGUAACCAAAUAUCCACGCGACUGUGUGGGUUAAGGGUUCAAGAGCUUUGUUGAUACUCUUCAGUUCAGCCAAUGCAACGAUGGCGCCUACCUGAAGACCCCAUCGUGCUGCUCCAUGUGUUUGUAUUUUACCUCAAAGACUGAGACCCAAAGAAG